CUGUCUGAGCAGCAUGGAACCAGUUUCAAGCGGCUGAUUGCCUACGAUGUUAGCUUUGCCACCAAAAAGGGAGAUAAUUAUGCGAGUGAAAUGUAUCGUGUGUCGGUACAGUACGACAUCGGGAACAUAGUGAAGAAAAGGAUAAUUCUUAAGGUGAUGCCAUCGGGAGAACUACAGCAAAAAGUCAUGGAGGAGAACAGUAUCUACUCUAGGGAGAUAGAAAUUUACAGUCAAAUAAUGCCCAGGAUAUACAAGCUCUUAAGGUCGAUUGGUGAUGUUUCGAUCAUUUCGCCGCUCUGUUUGGCCACCGCCAACAUACCCAAGCAGAUGCUUGUGUUUGAAGAUGUUAGCGAACAGAGCUUUAAGAUGGUUGAUCGUCGCCUUGGAUUAGAUUUAGACCAUGCUCGCUUAGUGAUUGUAAAGCUUGCCAAACUGCACGCCUGCUCGCGGAUUGUGUACGAAGCUGAACCGACUCUGUUUGACCUCAUGAUGCAAGGAUGCAUUUCGGAGGAUCCCAAGAAGCAAACGUUCUUACCCUACUAUCGACGGUGCGUUGGUCAGGUGAUGCGUUUAGUACAGCAAUGGAACAAGGAUGGAAGAUGGAACUCGAUUCUGGGAAAACUGGACAAGCUUCGGGACAAAAUUAUUCCCUACGGAUGUGAUGUUUACCACCGACGGGACGAUUGCUUUAACGUACUUAAUCAUAACGACAUCUGGGUUAACAAUAUGAUGUUUCAAUUCGAGCAGGGAACAGGAGUGAAAGAUGUUCUGCUGCUGGAUUACCAACUAUCCUUUUACGGUUCCCCAGGGAUAGAUCUUAAUUUCUUGCUGUACGGUUCACUGCAACCGGAAAUUCGCAAAUUACAUCUCAUGGAGUUAGUACAGCUCUAUCACACUACGCUCCGUGGAACGUUGGAGCAACUGCACUACGGAGGAACCAUACCCAGCCUGCCAGACAUCCACGUGGAAAUCAUUCGCAAGGGAUUCCACCGUGUCAACGCCGUCUUUCAGCAGAUGCCCGUUGCCAUGAUGGAACGUUCGGAAGAUGCGGACAUGGAUUUGAUCUUGGGAGAGGGCGAACGAAGCGAAACAUGCCGUCGAGAGCUGUUUGACAAUCCACGAUACGUCAGCAUUUUGCCAGCCCUGUUGCAGGAGUUUGAUCUAGCCGGUUACUUAGAUUAAUCGUAACAUUUCGUAAUGUCUAUGCAUAACGUCUAGCCGUAACGUCAAACAAAAUCAAACAAACUGGUCAGGUAUGAGGCCUCACUCGGCGAUAGUUUUAAGCUUUCAUGUUAAGCAAGAUAUUAAAUAUUUAGAAAUAAACUUCGGACGACUUGGUGCAAAUGCCCUAUGAUUUAU